AUGGAUACUUCUUAUCCUCGUGAAGACUACCUGCCUAUGACCUCCCACAAGCAGGAACCGUCUCCCACAGUCAUCACCAUCAGACCUCCAGUGGUCCCCCGCGACUACAUGAUCUGGUCUGUCUUCAACACCAUCUAUAUGAACCUCUGCUGCCUCGGCUUUGUAGCUCUGGCCUAUUCUGUCAAGGCACGAGAUCAGAAGGUGUCUGGUGAUCUGGAAGCUGCCCAUCGCUAUGGCUCCAAGGCCAAAUGCUACAACAUCCUUGCCACGGUGUGGAAUGUGGUUCUGCCACUGGUGCUCAUUGCUCUGGUGAUCACAGGCGUCCUCCAUCUCUCCAAGCUGGCUCAGGAAUCCAUGGACUUUUUGGCUUACAGACUCUUUCCUAAUGAGGACGACGACAAGAAAUGAGCGGAGAGCCUUGAGCAUUCCAGGGGACUUCGCUUUGGCCAUUCAGGUGGCUUCUGACAGAGACUGUCAACUGGUGUGACCCAACCACUGCACAACAAGAAACCUCUCUUAGUUCUAAUUCAGAUCACCUGUAUCGAUGCAUUCAUGUUUCUUGGAACUCAUCUCAAAGCUCACCCUUUGGAGAUGCAGAAGAUAUAAAAACGGAUCCUUGGCAUCCUGCCUAGGCUCGAGGCUGAGCUUAGCUGCCAGUGUUUCCCACCUGCCGUCUCUCUUUUUCACUGGUGGUCUCUUUAGCUUUCUGUCCUCUCUGUUAGUCUUGCACUCCAGACACACAGAGCACGGUAGCCGAGAAAUGUGAGCAAUCACAUUGAUUAUGCUCACAAAACUGCCUACCGCUUUUGCAAUCUUAGUCCUGGGUAUUAUUAUUACUAUUAUUAUUAUUAUUGCUGUGGCUAGUUAGUGGAGUAGACCCU